AUGUGCCAAGCUUGGAGGACUGGACACCACCACGCGGCGUUCGUGGCAGCUCGCUCAGAGUACGGGCACCGCUCGCUCCAGAACACGGCCGAGGUGAAUGAGGUGCUAUCUUGCUUCCUCGGCAAUCCGCUCCUCUUGGACACCCUGCUCCCGUUCGUCGGCAUCACAGCUCGCUACCCGCAGGAGGAGAAGCUCUUGCAGAACUUUGUUGCGACGUUGAAGGACAUGACAACAAUAGAGACGGCAUUGUGGGGCCCUGUGGCGGCCAUGUCAUCGUGGCGGUGCACCGACGGUCUUUACGUGGUGCACCACGCCUCUCGCGUGCACGUCCUGCGGAGACUCCUGAACGCGGCACAGUUCUACGGCCUCCCCCUCUUUUUACGUUCUAUCCGUGCGAUGGCGGGCAGCCACGUCGGCAUUGCUGUUCCGUCCACUUCGAGGGAUGGAGGGUGGCAGCGCACGGCUGCACUAAAACGAGCGCAGAGCCUCUACGCCGACCAGUUCUUCCUCACCCCUGACAACCUUGAUCCGGAUCUCUUCGCACAGCCGGACCCGAUGCAGGCCCAGCUGGUGCAGGAAGAGCUUGUCACGCUCCAGCGCACGCACUGCGCCUUCUGCCUUGUUGUCGGGGAGGCAGACGAGGUGCUGACGCUUAUGCACCGGCACCUGCGCUACGUCGGCGGCUCAUGGCAGUGCUGCGUAAAGAAGGAGGAGGGGGAGGAGCCGUCGGUGUCGCUAUCGAGGGUAAAGGCGGAGAUGCAGGAUGACGGAGAUCGAGCCGACGCGAGUGUGGUGGCGACCGGGUUUAGUAUCAAGGAUGCUGACGAAACUGGCACGGCAAGCACCACAGCUCCCGGGCUUGCCCCGCUUCCUCCUCGUGCUCCCACGGACCCGCUACACCACUACGUCAUUCGCACAGUGGAUGCCGCGCGGCGUCAUCAGCAGGUGAAAGCGUCGUCUGCUGAACCUACCACUGCCCCAACCCUACCCUUCAGCCAUGUGCAGUGGAUCAAGCAUGGAAGCGCUAAUCGUUGGUCGCCGAAUGCGCACUACUACGGCCUUGCGUAUAUGGUGGUGCUGGAGACGGCGGAAGAGUUGGCAACGGAGGACGGCGGCAUACUCGCGACGGAAGGACUUCUGUGGGAAGCGGAUAUCGCGAUGAAUUCGGCGACCGACACCUCCGCACUACGCAAGGUUCGGGUGCCGGCGUACUGCGUGAAUGCAGUCCUAGAACUGUGGCGCACGUAG